AUGCAGUCCAACCUUCAGGGGCCGGACUACAUCAUAUAUCGGGUCGUCCCGAGUCUUUGGAAACUUGCGAAUCUUUGCGUCUCUACUCACUCGUUGUUGCGCCCUUGUAAAUACGCACAGACACUCAUUCAUCUUGUUUUUGAGUCCCAUCACCGGACACUAGCUACCAUGGCGCUCAUCGUGAAAAUGGCCGCGGCAGCGGCAGCAUUGCCUCUCUACGGAGUGACUGCUCUUCCAUCUUCUCCUUCGCUUUGCAACAAGAAUACAAACGGUUCGAACCUGCUACCGAGUUAUGAUUAUGUUAUUGUUGGUGGUGGUGCGAGCGGGUUGACUGUAGCCAACCGGUUAUCCGAGGAUCCAGGUGUGACCGUUCUGGUUAUUGAAGCUGGUGAACUUGACGCGGGUGAAGAUUUUGUCAAAAUCCCCGGUUUAGCAGGUGGUGCUGUUGGCACUAAGUACGACUGGAACCUGACCUACACUCCCAAUGACGCUCUUGGAGGUCGAAGUGUUUCUAUACCCGCGGGAAAGGUUGUGGGUGGCUCAACGAAGCUUAACAGAAUGGUUUUUGAUAGAGGAUCGAAGUCGGAUUACGAUCGUUGGGAGAAACUUGGAAAUGGGGACUGGAACUGGAACUCACUUCUUCCCUACUUCAAGAAGAACGAAAUCUUUACUCCUCCUACACCAGAAAUUACGACUGAGUGGGGUAUUGAGGUUGAUGAGUCUGCCCAUGGCAAGGAUGGGCUGAUGCAUUCCACGUACUCUCCUUUCUUCUGGCCAACUACCAAAUUCAUGGUCGACGCUGUUAAAGAGCUGGGAAUCCCUGUUGCCAAAGAUCAAGCUAACGGAAGUCCCAUUGGCGGUUACUUCUGCCCCCAUAACCAAGAUCCUAAGACCAACACUCGAUCAUCCGCUAGAGAGGCAUACUAUGACAACUUUACGAACCGUCAAAAUCUGCACCUUCUUACUGGGCAGCAAGUUACGAAGAUUGUGACCACUGGAUCAGGAGACUCUGUGACCGCAACCGGCGUGGAGUUUGCGUCCAGCAAAGGCGCUCAGUCCCAGACCGCCAAUGCUAAGAAGGAAGUUAUCCUCGCUGCCGGCUCACUCCACACACCCCAGAUUCUUCAGAUAUCUGGCAUUGGCGACUCUUCCCUUCAUAAGAGCAUCAACGUCCCGACCGUUGUUGAUCUCCCUGCAGUUGGCCAAAACCUCCACGACCAUGUUCUCUUGACUGUUGUCAAUACCAUCAACACAACCUUGCCCGUUAGCAGCCUGUUGACUAGCAACCAAUCAUUCGCUGCUGAGGCACGAGCACAAUAUGACAGCCAGAGAAAUGGACCCUUCGCCUCUCCUACUGGCGACUUCCUGGCUUUCCUUCCUCUUUCGACUUACUCCAAAGCUGGCGACGCCAUUAGUGCUCAGGCAGCAUCGCAAGAUGGCACUACUUUCUUGCCCCAGGGCACUCCGGCUGAGGUGGUUAAAGGAUAUCAGGCUCAGCAGAAGAUUCUCAAUGAGCUUCUUCUAUCGGCUGAAUCCAGCCUUCUUGAGGUCAUCUGGUCCGAUGGUGUGAUUGUUCUUGGUCUUCAGCACCCUUACUCCCGCGGUAGCGUCAAGGCUGGGUCUUCAAGCACUUUCGAUGCCCCCGUUGCCGACGCCGGAUUCCUUCGCAAUCCUCUCGAUACAUCUCUCCUAGUUGAGGGCGUAAAGUUCGCUCGUACUUUGGCCGCUACAUCCGCUAUUAAGCAGCUGUCACCAUUUGAGGUUGUUCCAGGCACAAAUGUUACCACAGAUGCUGCUAUUGCCGAUUUUGUUCGCCAGCAGAGCUCCACUCUGUUUCACCCGGCCGGUACUUGCAAGAUGGGCCCGAGAGAGGAGGGCGGUGUCGUUGAUACCAAGCUUAACGUAUACGGCGUCAAAAGCCUGCGCAUUGUGGACGCCUCUGUUAUGCCUUUGCUUCCCGCUUCACACACCAUGACAUCCGUCUAUGCUGUGGCUGAAAGAGCUGCCGAUAUUAUUCGUGGUAAGACUUCUUCUGAUGGCAACUUACCACGAUUAACUCUUCCUUGGGGAGUUUGGCAGGCGACGCGAUUUCCAGAUGACAGCGAGAUAUAUGUAUUCAAAAAUGUUCGGUUUGGUGCGAAACCUGAGCGCUUCGGUCCUCCUUCCUUUCCCGAUUGGAACGACGACAAAAUCCAGGACAGCGAGGGUGGCCGGAGCUGCAUUCAGAUCGAUCCAGAUAAAUUGAAGAACGCCCCGGGCGGGAGGCAUCGGCUGUACAAGUCGCCAGACUCAAGUGUCAUCCAAGACGAAGAUUGUCUCUUUCUCGAUAUAUAUGUCCCGGCCAAGGCGUUCGAUAAAGAUGCUGACCGGUUGCCGGUUGUCGUUUGGCUUUAUGGAGGUGCAUACGCUUUCGGGAGCAAAGACCAGUUCAGCCCACUUUAUACCGGACAGUCUCUCCUCAAGGCGUCAAAGUAUGGAACCAUCUUCAUCACAGGAAACUACCGUCUAGGUGCAUUUGGUUGGUUGGCAGGUUCGUACAUGGAACAAAACGGACAGCCCAAUGCCGGACUCUAUGACCAGGCUCUCCUCUUUGAGUGGGUUCAAAACUACGUCGAGCAGGUACAAGGUGAUCGGUACAGCGUGAGUGCCUGGGGCGAAUCAGCUGGUGCUGGCUCUAUCCUUCACCAUCUUAUACGAGAGGAUGGCAACAAGGACCCGAACUUCGAAACCUUUCUUGUCCAAAGUCCGGCAUUUGAGUGGCAAUGGGAUAAUUCCAAGGAUGGCACUCUUGAUCAAACUUACCGGACAUUUUCCGAUCUAUCCGGCUGCGGUGACAAGUACGACAUUGAUUGCCUCCGCAACGCCAAAUCCAGCAAGCUUGUUGAGGCGAACCAACUCCUUUUUGGAAAAGUCCCGCAGACAGGCCUGUUUCCAGUUGGGCCUUCGAUUGAUGGUAAAUGGAUCAAAACCAUCCCUACCAUUGCCUUUUCACAAGGCAAAUACUGGGACAAUAUUUGGUCUGCGAUCAUUUCCCACUGCGCAAAUGAGGCACAGUCAUUUACACCACACGGCAUAGACUCUCUAGAGAAGUUCAAUUCUUUCCUGGCCACAUUUCUGCCUGGGGAAAAGCUAUCUCAUGUCAGGGAUCAGAUCAGACAGCAGUAUGACUGUGAGGCUGAUUACCAUGGCAACUACACCAUAUGCCUCAGGGAGGUAAUCCAAGACUCUUCAUUUACUUGUAACACCAGAGAUCUUUUCGAUUCAUAUUCAACAAGGUCUUACAUGAUGGAAUACGCAUAUCCGCUAAGGAUCCUGGCCUACCACGCAAGCGAUCUAAUUCCACUCUUUUCAAACAACAUCCAGCAAGUCCUAGACCUUCUUUCAAAAAUACUGAAGAAUAGCUUUUUCGCCAAAGUCUACGCUAAAGUCCUCGAAGGCCUUAUUGCCUCGAGGUAUAAGGCUUACUUUGCUUCUUUUGCCCUUACAGGAGACCCAAACAACCUUCGAAGCACUGCAAGGGUAUUUUGGCCUGUUGCGGAUGGAAGUCAAGACCAGCUAUCAGAUGUAAUGGAGGUCCGGUCUCCAGGUCUUAUUCACUCAGCAUUUCACCUUACCUCUGACGACCAGAACUCCAGGAUGAAAUGCCAAUUUUGGAAUGGCAUUGCCCAACAAAUCAUAGCAAGUAACGAGGAUAAAGUUGAAAAUGGCGAUGAACAAGUGGUUCUGAAACACAACCCGUCGUCCCAGGAGCUUUAG